UUACUUUUACAAUGAACUAUAACAGAAAGUCAUUGUGAUUCCAGCGCAGGGAUUAGCGGUGCGAUUGAAUGCUAUAAAGUGACUGCCAUCCUGCGGCCAUCCUGGUCAUCAGACCAUAGUUGUAUGGGCAGAACAGCAGCGCGUUCUGGCAGAGGAGUGAACACAUCCAGGCCGUCCGUCAGCUAAGGGAAGAAAGCAAAAGAGCGAUCGUGCGACUAAAACCUUGGAACGGAGUGUCCCAGACAAAAACGUGGCACCGGGAGAGCUUUCGACUGACGCAGGAUUUGAAACCAUCCCAAAAACUCACUUUAAAAUAUCACGACUAUACCAGUAGCUCACCGCAACGUCCGCAUUCAACUGAAGCGUCAGUUAUCGGAAAGACGCGGGUACAGGGGCAAGGUUGGUCUUUUGCUCCUCUCCGGAACAGAGCAACGAUACUUGCAAAGGAUUUACCGUCGUUCCAGAAAACAACGCGGACAAUAGAGCCCCGUCGAUGAACUGACCGCGCUCGAAGCGAAGCAGAAGCACGCGAGAUCCACAUUUUCCAACACACGUGCACAGCACAAAUAUUUGGAAGAAGAUUUCGGUCUUCGCGAUCUAUUGAGCGUAUCGCUUGACUGUGAAAGGGCUACGCUGGUUGCUUGAAAGACUGUUCCGCUAAUCAAGGAAAAGCAGAGGAUAGUAAUGUGAACCUGAUAAACCACCUGUGAAUUGGAAUUGAGUAGAGAGGCUACAGCAGGACAGGUGUAUUCGCAUCUAAGCGGCCCGUAGCGAUCCGAAGAAAAGUGCCUCGACGGCGUGGCGCCAGAAAAGCCCUAGAGGAACGAAAAUAUAUCUCAGAAGAAUAUCUGAUUCAAUUGUGCCUUUACUGAUCGAAAAAUCAGUGUGCGUUGGUCAAUCAUGGUUACAAUGACGGCCGCGUUAGCAAUGCUAUUCACUAUAGUGAUUGUUCAAGUGAUCCAAAUUAUAGCGAAUCCGUUGGAACAAAGCCGAAACGAGACUAUGGAUCUUUGGAAUCUCGGUGAGCCAGACAACUGCCCUCCAUUUCCGAACUGUGCUCCAGGAUAUACCUGUUGGGUAUAUCAACAUCCCAAUAACUGCCCGGUCUGUGAAUGUGUCGCUUGCGGUGAGCGGUCCUGUAUUCCAAGACCGGGUGAACUUUGCCGGUGGUCAAAGCACUCAAGAAAUGCAGCGGAAUGUGGAACCUGCUAUUGCGAACCCUGUCCAGCAUCUCCAACCUCCUGUCAACCCGGAUGCCGUCGCGUGGUGUCGCAUUCAGGCUGUACUUUCUGCAAAUGCCCCCAUUUUGAAAAGGAGAUCAGCACAAGGCAGCAUGCCAAUUCAGAUGCCGACGAACGGCCGGUGCAGAAGCCCGAAACUCCUAGACUGAAUCCCUAUGACCCCUAAGACAUCUAUUUAAUAAUAUCGCUAACUAUAUAAUAAUCGAUAAUGAUGUUUAUAUAUACAGUCAUCACUGUUAUCAUGGUUCUCAUCAGUCGCUCUCCGAGCAAAAGACGUUUAAGUCGAUGUUCUUUUUUUCUGCCUUAGAUUCUGCCGCGUUCAUUAAACCACAUUGCAUUUGAUAGAUAAUUGUUCCUCACAAUGAUAUUCUGAAAUCGUAGUAUUUACAUCGAUUGUGUCCGUGUAAUGCACGUGCGUGUAUAGACGCAUCUAUGGGUCAUGCACCGAGCAACUUGUCGAUGUACUGAUUCGGGUUCGUUCAAACACGAACGGUUUCUACGAAAAAGCGCCCAGUCGAAAUGCGUUUGCGUGUUACGGGUAGCACGAGGUCACCCUACUUUCAAACACGAAGGGAAACCGGAUCUGAUAAAUAUCUGCCAAGAUUACACAACUAAGUACAAACGCUUACACACAGAUGAAUAAUAAAAAAAAAAAAGGGGUGGCAUGACAAUUACCAAUGAAUCGUCAUUAAUAAAUGGUAUG